GCGAAUAAAAGAAUUUAAUAAGCAUCAUGGAUAGAUUAAAUAUUACUUGCCUUCUCUCGUUACCUUGAAUACCUAGGUCAUGUAGGUAAUCAGACCCAUCAAACCUCUUGCUUUGAAUGCAUCAUAAUGCUUCUGUCAAUACUUUUCGCAGGAUUUAUAACGCUGCUAUGCUGGUAUAUCAUUAAGGGGCGUACCAACAGCUCCUUGAAGUUGCCUCUGCCGCCUGGGCCACGUCCGUUACCAGUCAUCGGCAAUGUUCACCAAGUACCAAAGACUCACGCAUGGAAGCAAUUCCAUGCCUGGGGCAAGGCCUACGGACAUAUUAUUCAUCUGAAUAUGCUUGGUCAACCCAUAAUUGUCGUGUCUACGACGAAGAGCGCGCAUGAACUUCUAGCAGUUCGUGGCGCUACCUUCUCGGACCGUCCGCGUCUUGUGCUAGCCGGAGAAUUGGCCUUGAAGGGGUUUAAUACACUAUUAAUGUCGUACGAUGAACGCUUUCGAGUUCACCAAAAGCUGGAAAACUCGGUACUGAACCAAAGAACGUCGUCUGCUUACAUUCCUUUCCAAGAGAUGGAAUCGAAACAAAUGCUGUUCGACCUCCUGCAAUACGCAGGAGGGGUAGGCGUUGACUGCCAUCCUUAUUUCGAGCGUGCAGCUGCCAGUACCAUUCUGGCGUUAUUUUACGGGUUCCGUCUCAAAAGCGCAAAGGAUCCGCAACUUACCGCCGAGCUGACCCUCCUCGAUGACUUCUCUGAGUUUGUCCAGGUUGGCGAACAUAUCGUUGAUACAUUUCCGAUACUAAAGAAUCUUCCUGGCUUCCUAGCACCUUGGAAAGCGAAGGCCGAAUCUCACUGGACUCGUCAGUGCGAUUUGCACAACACCAACCUCCAACGCGGCCUUCAUGCACCUGGCUGGACAUUCGUAAAGCAACUGCAUAAGACUGUCCAAGAAGAACAUAUUGCUAUGUCGACUAAUGAAUUGGCUUUGGAAUUUGGAACUAUGUUCGGAGCUGCACUGGAUGGUACCACCGAGACAAUCAGCUGGUUUGUGGUAGCCUGUAUCACGCAGAACCGAGACUUCAUCACCAAGGCUCGGAAAGACUUGGAUGAUGUUGUCGGACGGGACCGGCUGCCAACCUUUGAGGAUAAGUCAAAUUUGGUAUAUAUUACCGCUAUUAUUGAGGAGGUAAUGCGUUGGCGGCCCGUGGGUGCUGGUGGCGUCCCUCACUUUACGAAGAGUGAGAGUAGCUAUGACGGGUACCGGAUCCCUGCAGGCUCUGUCGUGAUAGCCAAUCAUUGGGCCAUUACGCGCGAGGAGGGCGUUUUUGGCCCGGAUACGGACUCAUUUAUUCCAGAACGAUGGCUAGAGCCGGACAGUGAUAAGACAGGGAAGCUAAAGGAUCUUCCGGUAGUAGGAUUUGGGUACGGAAGACGAACUUGCCCUGGGCGACAUUUCGCGCGGAAUUUCCUAUGGGUCGUGAUCGCCCAGUUGCUAUGGGCAUUCGAUAUCGAAGCAGGUCGGUCUAAAGAAACUGGCCAGCCAGAAGUUAUUGACAAUGAGGCAUCUACAGAUGGCCUUGUUACAAGACCUUUACCGUUCAAGGCCUCGCUCGAGCCCCGAGGCCCAUGGGUACGUGAUAUUAUUAUGAGGGAAUGUGACACUCAUAGUAGUGAUUUCCCAACCAUGCUUAGCCAUAUUGGUGUCGAAGUAGCUAAGCGGUAGCAUACCUAGGUAUGUACAAACAAACAAGGUACAUAUAUGCCUAAGUAUCCGGAUGUGGACUCUGGAGGAAUAUACUAUGUACCUAGGAGAUGCAUGUGGCUGCAAAUUUCUAAAAUAAGAAAAGAGACAUCUGUGGAUUUCAAAUGGGGACUAGUUAACUAAUAUCACGUGAAAGUUGAUAGUUACUUGCAUGCCUCCAGAGUUAUCUCCCAGG